AUGCUCGCGCGAGACACCCUCGUGCUCGCACUGCCUGAGGCUGUGUUAGCUUUUCUGGAGAGGAUACUUUUGGAUGACGCUGGAAACAUCCGGCCCCGGUACAGAGAUGAUGAUGCUGCGACCAAUGGGCAUACAGUCGCCCAUGCAGGACCUGAUACCGUAAAAGAGAGCCCUGCGCCUCGUGUUGAAGAGCCACCACAAUGUGUUGCGCCUACUCCCAAAUUCAACCACAUUCAACAAUCCACUGAGGAUCGAUCAACAGGCCUUGAAGAAGAGAGCGGUGCGAUCAACCCGUUGAAACGAAGACAUGAGAUGCCAAUUGCGGAGAGCUGGCUUCUGCCCUUUGAAGACGUUGAUAUUGCACAAUAUCUCCCAUCUCAACCACUUCUCGGAAAGAUUGCAGACUUCUUCUGUAUCUCAUUUCAUCAUUGGAUCCCGUACAUCCAUAAGGCAAGACUCCAAACACGAGUACGUCAAGGUUGUCAGGAUCCAGGCCAUGUGCUAGUCCUGCAUGCUUUGGUUGCGGUUGCUUUACGGCACAUGGAUCCCAACGUAACAUAUCUGGACAACGACCAGAUAGAUCAACAAACCAGGGUGUCACGUAUAAUUGUGGAAACUCAUGCAAUGCGCAAUGUUACCAUCGAAAGUCUACAGGCCCUCAUCUUCCUAGUCUUUGAUCUUCUCAACGACGGACAAACGCAAAGGGCAUGGCCCUUAAUUGGAUCCCUCACGAGGACUAUCGACUACCUUCAACUUACUACCGAGCCGUCGACAUCGCAGUCAGGGUCGCUGAUGACGCCGGUGCGACUAGUAAAACCCUCCAAUGAUUGGACAGAAUUGGAGGAAAGGAGAAGACUGUUUUGGAUUAUCUUCCUACUGGAUAGAUUCUGUUCGGUAUCUACUGGAUGGAAUACGAGCCUCACCGCGGACGACGUGCACCGUCGCUUGCCAGCCGAUGGUGGAUUCUUUACAAGAGAGGAACCAGUGACCACGCCAUACUUCGGUAUCUGGAACAAGGCGGCAGCUCGUAUCGGGCGCUCAUUAGCAAACGUACCUGCGCAAUACAACGACGAGGACCCAGCAAUCGAUCACUUGCCUCAAGGGGCUAGUCCCAAUUCUGCGAAUGGCUACAUCGACGCUUCCAAGCUCGGCGCAUUCGCAUAUUGCGUCGAAGCAACCGAAAGUCUAAGUCAGGUGACUACGUUCUUCCUUCAACAACGGAUCAACUGGCAAGACAAGGAGCAUGCGGUCAGUUGGUUGACGCGCUUCAAAGAGCUAGAUCUUAGGCUUGUACAAUGGAAAAUCUUCUUACCACCCAGAUGGAAGGACUCGAACAUCUCGUCAGAUAGGACUGUGGUCGACAUGGAUCCAAACCUUACACUAGCACAUAUUACGCAUAACACGUCCAUGAUUCUGCUGCAUCAUCCAAUUGGAUACCCACCCCGUGGAUGGAACGACUUCGUCGCAUUGCCGAAAGAAUGUAGCGUUCAGACUUGCGAGCUUGCCGCUGUGGAGUCUUCAAACAUCGUCGACAAGUUCCUUACCCAUACACCUAUACCGUUUGUGAACGUACAGUUCUCGUUCUGUGCGGUCAUUGCCGCCAAAGCGUUGCUCUUCGAACACCAGGCCGCUCGUAAGCCUUUACGGUCCGAAUUUCACCGCCUGAUCCGCAAUCUCGAGGAGAUGUCAGCAAGAUGGAGGGGGCGGGACACAGAUGAUGCAAAACCGGAAAACCAAGCUGGAACAUACGCAAAGCACCUCAAGCGCUUACUAGAAGCCUGCCAAAACGACGCCAAUUUCCGAUUCGACUUUUACGACCACAAUGGACUCACUCUCGACCCACAGAACCACGCUAGUCCGACAUAUGCCGCUACCCCACAAGCCCGCUCUAGAAGUCUUGCACACGAACGUUCGCUGCUGAGGAAUCAUGGUCGCAACAAUAGCUUCAACAGUUCCCAGUCGACUCUUAGUCCCAGACGUAUACCACCAGACAUGAACAGAAACGCAGCCCUGCCAUCUCCAAGUGCAUACGAGCAACACCACCCACGUCUACCAACAGCCCAUGCUAUAUCACCCACCGCACCACCUCCCAUAUAUCAGUCACCGCAAGUGCAGGCUAGUUACCGUAGUCAUACUCCAUCACAUUAUGCGCCAGGCGGCACGCCCGUGCCAGGAUCUGAUCCGUCUCUUGCUCCAUACGGCGCGGCUGGUACGACGGCGAAUCACCAGAGUGUGCAAGAUCAAUCUCUCCUUAAUCUGUCCGACGCCUUCAUGGACUCUGGUUUUUUGGAUAUGGACCGCGUUAUUACAUUCGAAGAUGCAAAUUUCUUUUUACCGGGCGAUGCGUUUCGCAUGGACAAUGAUUCCGGCGCUGAAGCUGUCAAAAGUUGGCGGCCGAUUCUUACGAUUAUCAUCUUUAUCUUGAUUAAUCUGCCGAUACUACACCCAUUUCGCCUGCCAGUCUAUAUCCCUCAUUUGGUUGCGGAAGCUCUGUUCUACAUCCUUAGCGUCUUGCGCAUAGUGUCAUGGAAAAGAGAAGAUGGCGCAGCUAACCGGCCGAGAUUCAUCAGAUACACAGUACCGAUCAACUAUGUUACAGCGCCUCUCGCCGCAGUACUAUUUCUGCUGGCUGCUACAGUCAUCGGCAAGCACGAACUCAUGCUGGGUAUCAUAGGCGAUGAUGAUACCGGUAUCUGCCCAUACGACCUAGUCAUCGUCUUCCUUAGUCUAGGCUAUAUUGCCAAUUCACUUGGAGCAGCCGGCUUAGUCCGGUCUGUGGUAAUCAGAGCCGUUAGACUCGGAAAAGUGGGUCACCGCUUGUACCUCUACCUCUACAUCUGCUUCUUUGGCAUAGGAGCCUUUCUUGGAAACGAUCCCAUCAUGGUCUUGUUUCUCUCCUACUUCGUUCGGGUUGUUGCAAACAUCAAGCAUCCACGAGCCUGGAUACAAACGCAAUUUUGCAUCGCCAACAUCGCAACCGGGAUCUUGGUAUCAUCAAAUCCUACUAACCUCGUGCUCGCAAACGCGUUCAAGAUACGUUUUGUUAGUUUUGCAGCGAAUAUGGUUGUGCCAGUCGUUGCCACAACAGUUCUGCUCUUUCCCUUCUUACUCUAUAUUGUAUUUCCUCAUCCAGAUCUCAUCCCACAAACGAUGAAGGCUCGAGACCUACCCGAGGAAGCAAAGAACAAAAAGCCAGCGAAUCCCAACAUCCCAACUGUACGCAAAAGGCCUGCUGACGGCGAAAGUCUCCGGUCCGAAAACGAAGACGCAGAACUGGAGCACAUUCUGAAUCCUUUCCUCGACAGAAAAAGUUCCCUUUUUGGAUCCAUCAUCUUCAUCGCAACGAUCAUCCUGCUUUUGGCCUUGAACGCUGUAUAUCUUUCGCAAGGUGGCAAUACUGACUUCUGGGUCACUCUGCCAGCUGCUGUCACCAUGCUCUGUUGGGAUCUUACCAUGGGCUGGACGAACAGGGCAGCAACACGUGCUAUCGCUCGACAGGGAAGGGGUCACCCUAAGAGUCCCAACGUCGAUGGAAUAGUCUCAACAAUCAAGAAUAUAGUCCUAACUCAUAAUGAUCACAGCAUAUCGGACACAGAUCAGCGUUCGCACCAGGAAAACAUUUCUCUAGGAAGGUUGGCCUCAGGGAAUGUCGAUGCGAGAAGGGAGGCUGAAACCUCCCACGAAACAUGUACCGAAGAGCCUCCAUCAGGAAAAAUAACGACUCAGCAGCAGCAGCAGCAGCAGCAAAUACCCAUGAUUGGCGUGCAGCGGGCACUCACAAAUUUAGGCAUUGCAGAAACCUCACACCCGACAUCUGAGCUUCGACAUAGAGAUGAUCAUGUUACGCUAUUCAAGUGCCUAGAAAACCGGUACGUGUGGUGUCAAGAGACCUUCCCCACAACGACGGUCUGUCUACGUCAGCUUCCAUACGAUCUCGUCCCCUUCGCGUUCUGCAUGUUCAUCCUUGUAGAAGCUCUCAUCAGCAAAGGUUGGGUUCGUGUGUUUGCUCACUGGUGGGACCUCUGGGCUACCAAGUCUGGACCUGUCGGAUGCAUUGCAGGGAUGGGCCUCUUGGGCAUGGUGCUAUCUAGCGUAAGUGUUGCCAGCUCAUAG